AUGUCUCAGCUCCUGGACAGCAUCUCCACCAUCAUCAGCGUCUUCUACGAUCGUGGGAAGAAAGACGAGGACUGCUCCACCAUCAGCAAGAGAGAGGUGAAAAGGUUCAUCCAGAGGGAGUUUGCUGACAUCACAGUGAACCCCUACGAUGCUCACACCAUAGAGGCAGUACUGCAACUUCUGGAUCAUGAUGGCGAUGGGGUUGAAGAUUUCAAUGAAUUCCUGCUUCUGGUAUUUAGAGUGGCGAAGGUUUGUUACUGGUACCUGCAGCCAAAACAACAUCUCCCGCAAAGAACAGAGACGGGACUGAGUGGGGAGCGGCGCCAGGAGCCGGAAGCAGGAAGGGCUGAGGGGAGUCGCGAUCAGCCUAAACCGCCAGGGACGGAGAAAGGAUAUUACGAAACAUGGGAGCCUGAAACUAGAGAGACUGAACGAAGCCGCCGUCAGCCAC